AUGAUCACUGUGGAAAUUACAGCUGUGGUGAUACUAGUUGCCACGCUCGCCUUCGCACCAUCUUUUGACGCCCAGUCUCGAAGGCGUCGUAGAUCAUGCACUCCACGAAAUUGCCAGGUCAGCCAUUGGUCUUCAUGGAAUCCGUGCAGUACAAACCAGUGUGGUCAACAAGGGUCUCAGAGUCGAUCAAGAACGGUGGUCUCCUCACCAGGUUGUGGAGGAGCACAGUGUCCUAAUCUUCACGAGACACAGCAAUGUAACGGCAGUACACCGAUGAACUGUCAAGUGAGUCUUUGGUCACUUUGGAGUGGGUGUAGUGCUGACAAAUGCGGACAACAAGGGACCCAAAAUCGAUCAAGGACGGUGGUAUCCUCCAAAAAUUGUGGAGGAGCACAGUGUCCUGACCUCCACGAAGCGCGGCAUUGCAACGGAAUUGCGCCAGUUAGUUGCAAACUAAGUGCUUGGUCGGAUUGGAGUACUUGCAACACAGCGUGUGGCACAUCAGGGACACAGACUCGCUCUCGUCAUAAGAAAAUCUCUGAGCAAUGUGGUGGUACAUGUACAUCUAACUUCUCCAUAGCACGAUCCUGCCCACAGAUUAGCUGCUUGAACGGAGGGAGUUUGAAGGAUGGUAAAUGUUUCUGUAAAGAAGGUUACUCCGGAUCUUGCUGUGAG